AGCAAAACCACCAUAAUGGCGACGACUAUAGACAGAAAAAUAAUUAUUUAUUUUUGUCUUUCUCUUUGCAUUUAAACUGUGGGAAAGAGAUAUCUUAAUGUCAUAAUGUCAUUCAGGAAUAAUCAAAUGUUCCAAAGACCGAACCAGUUUCAGGCAUCAACACCUCAGGCCUUUAACCAACAACAGCAGCUUGGAAAUGUCAGAUUUACUACCAAUACCUCCACAGCUAGGAUGCAAAACAUGUUCAACCCACUACAGACAUCGGUACAAGCUGGAAUGCCACCCUGGGGAGCAGGGGUAGCAGUGCAGGCAGGUCAACAAAACUUUCAGCCUCAGAUUAUCCAGGCAGGGUUACAGAAUCCUGCAAUGGCCAAUAUGACCAACCCUCAACAGAAUGCUGCUAACAUGAUGGGACUGCUAGCUAACCAACAGUUACUGGCACAGGCAGCUGGCUUAGUAGCUACUCCUGGUCUAGGAGUAGGAAUGCAGGUGCCCUUUACUGGGCAGGGGAUACUUGGUGCCGGACCAAUGAGAGGACAGCUACCUCAAGUAUUUCAAAAUGUAGGGCAAACUGGCUUAGGUAAUAGUGGACAAUAUUCACCGAAAUCAAAUAUGAACCAACGUAAUUCUAAAUCUUCCAAUCAAAAUCGUGGUCGUCAAUCAAAUGAUAGAAGUUCAGGGAAUAAGGAUCAAAGGUCAUUUGAUCGAUCAAGAAGUGAUAACAGAGGAAGCCGUGAUCAGAGUAAAGACAGAAAAAAUAGGGAGGAUAAAAAAGAUCCACGAAGCGAAGACAGACGAGGUGAUCAAAAAUCAAACAGAGGAGAUGAUCAAAGGAAUUUUGACCAGAGAGACAGUAAAAAUAUUGACAGACGAAGAGAUGGAAGUCGAGACAAUAGGAAAUAUGACCUACCAGAUGAUAGGAGGAGUAAUUUCAGAGAGGAUAGAAAAAAUCGUAAUGACAGGAACAUUGAUAGACUUGAUGACAGACGAGAUGUUAGAAAAGAUGAUAAAAAUUUCCUCAGAAAAGAUGAGAGCAAAAGGGAUGAUAAAAGUGGAGAUAAAAGAAAACCAUUCAGAGACAGAAAAGACAUAGAUAGAAGAAGUGCAAAGGGAGAUAAUAGAAAUAAAGGGGAAUGUGAUAGGUCAAAGGGAGAUAACGAUAGAUCAAGAGAUUUUGGUAGGAGAAGUAACCAAGGCAGUAGAUCUCGUAGAGAUGACGACCUAUCAGACAAUGCUUCCAGUCCAGACAAGAAAAGAACCACGAGGACAAAAGACGGCACAAAAGCAUCAACCUCUUCAAAGAAAUCGAAGCCUGAAGACCAGGAUAGUUAUUCUGAGGUUGAGGAUACAAUAGAGGAUGUGAUAGAAGAAGAGAUACCAGCUUGGUUGAGGUGUUCUCCAUCAGAUCUGUACUUUACCAGGGACAAUAAAACUGGAUGUCUCCGUGCAACAAAGAGGAUGAGAGAUUUAGAAGAUAGAUUUGAGAAUGAAGUAAUAUUAAGAGCAGAGAGAAUAAGAGAUUCACAACCUAAAGUCGAUCUACCAUCUAGGCCACCACCAAAACUACAUAUACAUAAACAGUGUUGCAGCCAUCAAGCAGAGGACAGCUGUAGCAGCAGCUCAGACUCUAGUGAUGAAGAUGGUGAUGAUGAUGAGGAUGAUGAAUGGAUAGAGGAACUAAACAAAAAGAAAAAACAUCCAUACAGACUGCAUGAAGAGUUAUGGUACAAUGAUCCAGGAGAGAUGAAUGCUGGUCCAUUGUGUAGAUGUAGUAUAAAGUCCAGAAAAACAGGAAUCAGACACAACAAAUAUCCUGGUGAAGAGGCAAUAUCUGCAUGUGACCCAGAAAGUAACAACAGUAACAAAUUGUAUCAUUACAAAAUUAAUAUGUCUCCACCGACAAACUUUUUGACUAAAUGUCCCAGUAUUAUUGACUACGACAACCAUGAGUAUAUAUUUGAAGGAUACUCUUUGUUCUCCCACAGUAAACUUGAAAAUAUUCCUGUAUGUAAAGUUAUUCGAUUCAAUAUAGAGUACUCAAUACAAAUAGUAGAACAAGAAUUAUUACAGAAUUUUACAGUGAGGAGUUUGGAUUUGUUCUGUAAGUUUUUAUUCACGGAGAUAUUAGAGUUAGUGGAUAUUGAUUGGAAAGGUCCUGGUGACUCUGAAAAUUGUAAUAGAUACCACUUAAUGCCAAGAUUUGCUAGAUCUUUACCAGAAAAUGGGAAGGAAAUUUUAUCCAUGAAUGAAGUACUGAAUUAUCUGUUAAGUAGCUCUAAGCCUAUGGUAGAUGAAACUAUGCUGAAACAAGUGCAGGAGUAUGACGCCAAUGACUGGCAGAAUAUUGUUGAUGAUGUCAGAGGAAUGGUUGUCACAUACCCUGGAAUGAAACCGUGUUCAUUACGUAUAGACCAGUUAGAUAGAAGUCAACAUGAGGACUAUGAGGAUGAUGGUUCAGUUUAUCCACUAAUUAUACAUUUUGGUAUUAGACCAGCUCAACUGAGUUAUGCAGGAGAUCCUAAUUAUCAGAAAUUGUGGAAACAGUUUGUCAAGUUCAAACAUUUACUCAACAGCAAACCCAAAAUUUUAUUCACCGACAAACAAAAACUACAACAGAAAGAAGAUCAGCUAAAUGAAUUAAGAUUGAAAAACACAAUGAAGAGGGAGGUUACGGUAGAGAUCAGUUCUAAAGGAUUUGUACGUACAGGGAUAAAGUCAGAUAUCACCCAGCACACUAUGUUGAUACCAGUACUCCUAGAUCAUUUAAGAUUUCACAAUGCUUUGACAAAGUUAGAAAAGAAUAUACAGUAUAACUUCCAAGAUAGAGGUUUAUUACAGCUUGCCCUGACACACACAUCUUAUAAAGUGAAAUAUGGAACUAAUACGGAUCAUGCCAGGAAUUCAUUAUCUAACUGUGGGAUGAGACAGUUAGAGUAUGGUGACAGAAAAAUACAUUUCCAACAUACUAGGAAAAGAGGAAUUAAUAUAUUGAUAAAUAUAAUGUCCAGAAUGGGAAAUAAAGAGGAAAUGUUAUCAGAAAUACCGCACAAUGAAAGGUUAGAGUUCCUGGGAGAUGCUGUCGUGGAAUUUAUAAGCAGUGUACACCUGUUCUUCAUGUUCCCGUGUUUGGAGGAAGGUGGACUGACAAGUUAUAGGACAGCUUUAGUUCAGAAUCAACACUUAGCAGUACUGGCAAAAAAUCUCCACUUGGAUGAGUACAUGUUAUACGCCCAUGGACCUGAUCUGUGUCACGAAUCAGAUCUCAAACAUGCUAUGGCUAAUUGUUUUGAAGCAUUAAUGGGGGCAUUGUUUUUGGAUGGUGGUAUAGAGGUUACAGAUAGAAUAUUCUCUAACACUUUGUUUGGUGAUAGUGAUGAAUUACUUCAGACAUGGAAAGAGAUACCACUACAUCCUUUACAAGAAGAUGAACCUAAUGGAGACAGACACUGGAUUGAGUCUAGUCCUGCUUUACAAAAGCUGUUAAAAUUUGAAGAAAUAACAGGGAUCCAGUUUGAUCACAUCAGACUGUUAGCCCGAGCUUUCACAGUCAGAUCUGUUGGUUAUAAUAACUUAACAUUGGGACACAAUCAGAGACUUGAGUUUCUUGGUGACACAGUUUUACAGUUGGUUGCUUCAGAGUAUUUAUUUAAACAUUUUCCUGACCAUCAUGAAGGACAUUUAUCUUUAUUGCGGAGUUCCUUGGUAAAUAACAGAACACAGUCCAUUGUCUCAGAUGACCUUGGAAUGUCAGAUCAUAUCAUUCAUGCUGAAACUAGGGGAGAGAGCAUUGAUAUGAAAACAAAAGAAAAGGCAGAUUUAUUGGAAGCAUUUAUUGGCGGUCUGUAUGUGGACAAAGGGUUGACUUAUUGUCGAGUUUUCUGUCAUGUCUGUUUCUUCCCAAGACUACAGGACUUCAUUAAGAACCAAGUAUGGAAUGAUCCUAAAUCUCAGUUACAACAAUGUUGUCUGACUCUCCGUGAUCUUGAUGGUGGUGAACCUGACAUUCCAAUCUAUAAAAUGAUUGAAUCUAUUGGUCCAACUAACACAAGACGUUACAAGGUAGCAGUUUACUUCAAAGGUGAACGACUGGCCACAGGAACAGGACAUAGUAUACAACAGGCUGAAAUGGCUGCAGCUCAUAAUUCUCUUAAAGAACGAUCAGAAUUAUUUCCAAUAUUGGCUCAUCAAAAGAGGUUUUUGGAGAGGAAAUAUAAAAGUAUAGAGAACCAAAGAAGAUGAGCAGCGAGAAAUAAAGACAAUGAUUUAAGCUGUUUAUGAUGAAAUGUCUGUUUUAUGAGCUAAACAAAUUACAAUAGUAACAGAAGCAUAUCUCAGUGUUGUGUAUCAUGUGAACCAUGUAUCAUGUAGUGCUAUUAAAGGAUUUGAAACAAAAAUAAUGAGUAAAUGAAAAGUAGAUUACAACAAAUUUAUUACAUGUACUGGUAGAGUUACAACUUUUAUUUGUGAAUUUAUUAUUGCGACUCUAAGAUGAAGGACAAUAUUAGAAGACUGAUAAAGAGAAGUGAUUCGUGUAUAAGUUGUUGUAGAGAAUGUAUGUUGUAGAAUACUAGGUGCAAUUUUAUUUUUUUAAUAUUUAUGAUUGCCAUGAUGUUGAUUUUUUCAUAGCUUUUGAAUUAAUGAUAACUUUACAUGAAUUUAUGAAGAAGAAUAAAACUCGUAAAAGAA